UGUGUAAGAGAGGAACAGAGAGAGAAUGAGAGUAAGUGUGUGUGUAGAGUGAGUGAGUAAGUGAGUGAGUGUGUUGACACACACUGAUGAUCCACACGGCGCUUGAUCUGCGUCUCUGUGGAGCGGGCGCCUCUCUCUAAUCGUCUGAAAAUGACGUGACUUUUGGUUUGACAGCUCUCGGUGGAGAUUCGCUGUAGAAAAUGCGGCGGUAUCUCCGUGUUUUGUUCGCCUGCGCUGUGCUCCUCUUCUUCUCGGUGCUGUAUGUGUUUAACCAGCUCGCCUCCUCUCUGGAGACCGUGAACUCGGGGACCGGGGCCAGAGCUGAGGGAGGCCCGCAGCGCUCCGCCAGGAAAACCGCGGGGAGGGAAGGCCUGGGCCUGGGCCUCGGCUGGAGGGACAGGUGUAAGUCAUUGUGUGUCACACACUGGAAUCCCUAUUGGAGACUGCCCCCUGAUGUUUGUGGAAAGAGCUGCUUUAUGGAUUCGGCUUUUAGGUCUGCUGUGGAUAAAACAUUGCCUGGGGUCAGUCAUGUGGACAGGGUCGAGCCAGUCAGGUUGGCAGUGGUGGCAUGUGGACCAAGGCUGGAGGAGACCAUGACUAUGCUGAAGUCUGCUGUUCUUUUUAGCCAGAGAGCACUACAUUUUCACAUCUUCGCUGAGGACGAGCUCCAUGCUGGCUUUAGAGAUUCUCUGGAGUCAUGGCCAGUGAGAUUUCAUUCCAAGUUUAACUACACUAUCUACCCCAUCACUUUCCCCAGUGACAAUGCCAAAGAGUGGAAGAAGCUAUUCAAACCCUGCGCUUCUCAGAGGCUUUUCCUGCCGCUGAUCCUGAGUGAGGUGGAUUCUCUGCUGUAUGUGGACACUGAUAUCCUGUUCCUGCAGCCAGUAGAAGAGAUUUGGAACUUUCUUUCCCAGUUCAACAGCAGUCACAUGGCAGCCAUGGCGCCAGAACAUGAAGAGCCCCGAAUCGCCUGGUAUAAUCGUUUUGCACGCCACCCGUACUAUGGCAAGACUGGAGUCAACUCUGGAGUCAUGCUUAUGAACAUGACACGGAUCAGAGCCAAGCACUUCAGGAACGACAUGACACCAGUUCGUCUGAGAUGGGAGGACUUGCUUAUGCCACUGCUGCAAAAAUACAAACUCAACAUAACUUGGGGAGAUCAAGACCUUCUAAACAUCAUAUUCUAUCACAAUCCAGAAAGCUUAUUUGUGUUUCCGUGCCACUGGAACUACCGUCCAGACCACUGCAUCUACGGCAGCAACUGUGCCGCAGCUGAGCAACAUGGUGUUUACAUUCUCCACGGCAAUCGAGGAGUUUACCAUGAUGAAAAGCAACCCGCAUUCCGAGCCGUGUACGACGCCAUCCACAAAUACCCAUUUGGAGAAGAUCCAGUCAAUUACUUCCUUCAACCCUUAGAGGAGAAGCUGAAGACUACAACGCACACGUACUGUGGAAGAUCCAGUCACAUCUUCACCAAGAAAUUAAGGGAAAGUAUUGCAUACCUUAAGAAAGACAAUCGGAACACCAGCUGAUCCCGUCCACUCUAAACCUGUGUUAGCUAGAGGUAUGCACAGUAUUAGUUAGGAGCCUCAAGCCUUGAUAGAUCACAAAAUGUUACGUUACUGUCUCCUUGUUUUUCCAGCCAACUGGUCGUGACGCUUCCUUAUAAAUGAAAAGGAGGCUGGAAAUAUAGGCACUGAAUUCACUUUGAAGUGUAACAGAAAGGGGCCAAAUUGAUGGAACCUGACAAUCAGUCAGCCAGUCUAGAAUGCUCUAGAACAGUGGUUCUUCACUUCACUCCUAGAUACCAGAAUGCUGUGCAGGAUUUUUCUUUCCUCAAUCUCGCACACGCCAUUUAGCCUGUUAGCAAAUUAUUAUGUCCCCUGCUGAGUUAAGAGUGUGGGGGCUGUUAAGUGUCUCUAUGGUUGGAAGUUUAAGAAGCUCUGUUCUAGAAGAUUUGUGAGUAAUGGAGAAAAUUGUGGAAUACAGAGUAAGGUUCUAUCAGUUUCAAAUGAAGCCUUAUUUUUAUUCAGGGACAAUUACUUUUGGGUACUGAUCUGAAACUAGUUUUAUUAGAGAGUUCAGAGUAGAAGUGUAAAACAAUUCUGGUCUUUUGACCAGAAAAUGAGCCAAGCUAAGCCUUUUAAUGUGUAAAGGAACCAUAAUAUACAUUUAUGUGUCUGAACUGUUGAUUAACAUUUUAUGUCUAAUGUAUUUAAGAGGUACGGAAUGAGGAGGAGGAUAAUAAUGAUGAUUAUAAUUAUGAUGAUGGGGGUGCAUAUCCAUCAUGCUAGCCUACUGAUAGCAUAUUUAAAGACCUAUGUGAAAUCAUAGUUUUUAAGGAGGUAAAUUGCAGAAUCUAACUUGUAGUAAGGAGAAUAUGAUUUACAGUGUUAUAAAUGUUUAGGAUAUGACUCUAAACACAUGACUCUGUCAGCAGGGAUUUACUAAUACAUCCUAGCAGCACGUAUUCAGUAGCACAAUGAAAAGGUUUUAAAGAAGAGACUGGAUAUUUAGAUAAUUGCAAAAAAUAUGAUUUUUUGAAUGAUGAUUAUAAACACAUUUUUAAAAAUCAAUCAAUGUAAAUUGUAAAUUUAGCUACACGUGUAUGUAUCCAUAAAAUGUUGACAGGGUCUCUUUUUUCUGUUAUUAAUAUACUGAGACCAGCUGAGAAUGUGCACUCCUUUCCCCCUUUAGGUUCUGUCCACAAAAAAUGAUUAAUUUCUUUUGAAUAAAUGUGUAAAAUAAUGAAGAAUGAAAGAAAAUCAAGAAAGACUGCAAACACUGCACUGCAUCAGUCACCCAGCAGCUUCUUAAACUUGUUUGGUGAGACUGAUUGCAUAAGCUUUGCUGGUUUUUUAAAUGCAUUCCAAAUUUAAAGCUUCUGAAAUGUGACUGGAUUGUGUGUUAAAGCUGUGAAAUUGCACUAUGGAGUGCAGAGGCCUUAAGGGGUAGUGUUUACUCAUUGACAGAAAAGAAAAGCUUGUUUGAAGAAGAGCUACUGUUUCAGACACUUUUCCUGGUGCAGUUGAAGACUUUAAAGUCUAGUUUUACACUAUGGAGAUUCUGAUUCCACCAAUGGCUGUAUACUUUACAUUAGUACAAGACUAGAUAACCAGCCUGUAAACUGUUCUUUUGUAGAAUGUCCACUACUUUAACAGUUAAUAAGAGAUUAAGGUUUCUAUAAAGCUAAGACCAAAAUAGGUUUUGCACUACGCUUUCUGGUCAUACAGCAGAAUCCUCCGUGCUCCUUUUACAGAAAACUAUUUGCCAUAUUUGACAAAUGUAUAUUGUAUAUUGAGUCAUAUUGAUUUAAAUAUGUUUAUCUUAAGCGUCUUCACCUUUACUAUUUUGAUAGCAGUACCUAAAGUGUAACAUCUUUCUUUUGUUGAAUGUAAAUGCCUGAAUGAUGCAGUAUAUUUUUGUAAUAAACAUUGCACUUCUGUCUGUUUUGUCUUUUUAAUGGUGAUUUAAAUAUAUUUAAGCAUCAGUUUUAUUUAGCAAAAAAAAAAAGUAGCAAAUUUGGGUCAGGUUUAUCAAACAUGCAUUAAGUCUUGUCGUAAUCCACUGGAAUUACAUCAUUGAGGUCAUUACCUCCAACAAUGGACAGAAUAAUGGAUGGUAAUGAUUGUGACUGGUUCUGUCUGGCUACAACUGUCCAUGCAAACAGACAGUUCCAUGUUGAGUGCAUUACUCUGGAAUAUCCACAUAUCAGAAAAUGAUGUACACAUUUAAAUUAAGUAAACAAAGUCAAUGAUUUCUAUUAUUGUACAGGGUCGAAAGUCGUUGAAUUCUCUUUUAUAUCAGAAACAACAUAGUUUUGUCUGGCAAGAUGUCGUCCAUGUUCUGUUACUUGCUGGUGCAUUAAGAAUUGUUGACUCGCCUUGUCAAUAAAAGUUGUUUGCUAAUCCA